ACGCACACGCACACGCGCGCUCACCGCGCACACACACACCGCGCACACGCAGCCCGGCGCGACCCCGGCCCUCCCGGCUCCGCGCACGCCGGCGCCCCGCUCUCCCCUGCGGAGCUCCCAUUUGCCGCGCCGCUCCGCCCAUCGGCGCGUUUCCCCUCGCUUGUAAAGCGUUUAACUCGCGUGACAUUUUUAUUUCGUUAUUAUCGUUUUCGCGCAGAAUCUGGCGCCUCCGAUGGGUUGCCGGGCUGCUGCUUUUUUUUUUUCCCCCCUCUCCAUUCCCUUCCCCUCCGCCCCCUCCCCCCUCCCCUCCUAGCUUGCAGGAAAUGAUGGCAAACCGCGAUCUGAAAUGAUUACUCCGGAAAAAAACCCUUUUAUACCAGGAGAGCAUCCGCGGGGCUAGGCAGAGCCGGGAGGCGGCGGCGGGGCAGCGGCGGCCGCGGAGCCGAGGAGCCAGCCGCGGAGGAGCCGGCACCCCCGCUCCCCCCCCGGGGGGUCUCGCCACGAUGCCGGACGAAGCCACGGAGAGCGCCAGCUCCACCUCCGCCCGCGUCUCGUCCUUCUUCAUCGAGGACCUGCUGGGCCCGGCGGGCGCGGCGGGCGGCGGGCGGCGGGCAGCGGGCGGGGGCGGCCGCGGGGCGCCGCGCUGCGGGCCGCGCUCCCCGCUGCGCCUCGGCGCCCCGGGCUGCCCCCUCCGCGACGCCGCCGUCGGCUGGUACCGCCGAGCGCACGCCGCCUUCCUGGGCUGCGCCAGCCCCGACACCAGCGACCGCGACUCGCCCGAGCCGGCCGAGGAGGCGGCGGCGGCGCGGGCGGGCGGCGGCGGGCGGGCGGCGGCGGCGCGGGGCCCCGCGGGCGGGCGGCCGGGCCCCGGCGGCCGCGAGGAGGAGGAGGAGCGCGGCGAGGAGCCGGAGCAGCGCGCCGCCGGCCGCAAGAAGAAGACGCGCACCGUGUUCAGCCGCAGCCAGGUCUUCCAGCUGGAGUCCACCUUCGACGUGAAGCGCUACCUGAGCAGCUCGGAGCGCGCCGGCCUGGCCGCCUCGCUGCACCUCACCGAGACCCAGGUGAAGAUCUGGUUCCAGAACCGCCGCAACAAGUGGAAAAGGCAGCUGGCCGCCGACCUGGAGGCCGCCAGCAUCUCCCACUCGGCCCAGAGGAUAGUGCGGGUCCCCAUCCUCUACCACGAGAACUCGCCGGCGAGCGCGCUGGGCUUCGCCUUGCCCCACAUGUCGCCCCCCUUGGUGGGCUUCUCCAACGCCGUCAGCUACCCCCUGGGCACCUUCCCCGCCGCCUCCCUGCCCUUCCUGCGCUCCCAGAUGACAGGACUCGUCUGAGCGCCCGCCCGCGCCGGGACCGCGGUCCCCUCGCUGCCUCGCCGGGCGUCCAGCUCUGCCCCCUCCCUCCCCAGACUUUU